AUGCCAAGAAGGCCUCUGAAGCUUGACAUCCUCCAAUACCUCGACGAUCGCGAUCCGACGAAGAGUGAGUACAUCUGCUGCUUUCCCAAUCUCCGUCACUGCCCCUUAGAGUCAAGUGCAGGAACAUGGUCGGCAAGCUCAGGCAUGUCCUUUGUAGCUCUCUUGAUGGUCUUUCCCCCCUUCGAAAUCACUGAAGAUGUUGAGGUAUCUCAGAGUCUGGAGUUACCCCUGUCAUAUACAGCCGAGGAAGGAUCAUGCUCGACAUACGACGAAGACGACGAGCUCAUUCUACCUCUACCUGGAAAGUUCAUGAUCCGUGGAGAUUCCAUCUCCAUGGUAUCAGAGCUCAAGAACGACGAUGACUGGAAGUUCGAUCCCCUUCCUAGGCUGUUUGCUUAUGCGGCUUCAAGAAAUGAGGCUCUUGAGAAAUUGAAGAAGUCCUAA